GAGAAACCGGAAGUGGACGCUGCCAUGGCGACCCCGGACGCCACGCCGGAAUCGACUGCAGAGGGGUCGCAGGAGGAAGAGGAGCAGGAGAGCUCUCAGGGGCAGGAAAAGAGUGCAGGUUCUGCAUCCAAGGCAGAAAAUGAACAAGAGGAGCCGGAGCAGAAGCACAGCCAGGGCCCAGAGCAGGGGAGAAAGGAGAAGGAUGAGGACCAGGAGAGCAUCAUCUCCUCACUGCUCUGUGACAGAGAGCACGAGGGUGACAGCCCCAGAGCACCAAGGCGAGCCCUGGCGUUCGUGCGGGUCAGGCCAACUGCUCACUUUGCCCAAGACAUGAUCAGGCUGGGGGCAGACACCAAGAGCAUCGAUAUCUACAUCCAGAAGAGUCCCAGGGGAGGAGUUGUGAAUAACUCUCAGACUGACUGGUCCUUCAAGCUGGAUGGAGUCCUGCACAACACUUCCCAGGAGAUGGUUUAUGAGACUGUGGCAAAGGACUUGGUGUGCAAAGCUCUGCAGGGCUACAACGGCACCAUCAUGUGCUAUGGGCAAACUGGAGCUGGCAAAACCUACACCAUGACAGGAGCAGCCUCUGAGUACAGGAACAGAGGGAUCAUCCCCAGAGCUAUCCAGCAGGUCUUCAAAUCAGCUGCAUCAUUCCUCAACAUCCUGGUGACUGUCCGAAUUUCCUACCUGGAGAUCUACAACGAGGCCCUGUUUGACCUCCUGGCGCCGGCGCUGGGCCGGGGCUGCAAGGACACCCAGCUGGCUGUCAUGGAUGGUCCCCAGGGGGUCUAUGUCAAGGGGCUCUCCAUCCACCCUGUCAGCCACGAGGAGGAGGCUCUGCAUCUCCUUUUUGAGGGUGAGACCAACAGAGUGAUAGGAGAGCACAGCCUGAAUAAGAAUUCCUCCAGAUCCCACUGUAUCUUCACCAUGUACAUCGAGUGUCGUUCCAGAGAUUACACAAAUCACAAAUGCCUUAAAUCUAAAAUCACCUUAAUUGACCUGGCAGGGUCUGAGAGGCUGAGCAAGACUGGGUCCGAGGGCCAGGUGAGGGUGGAGGCCUCCUACAUCAACAAGUCCCUGUCCUUCCUGGAGCAGCUGAUCAUCGCCCUGGCCGAUCCCAAGAGGGAGCACAUCCCCUUCAGGCAGAGCAAACUCACCCACGUCCUCAAGGACUCGCUGGGGGGAGGCUGCAACACUGUCCUGGUGACAAACAUCUUUGGGGAGGCCGAGCACGUGGAAGAGACGCUGUCCUCCCUCCGCUUUGCCACCAGGAUGAACUGGGUGACGGCUGAGCCUGUCCCCAACGAGCCCUUCUACAGGGAGCCAUCAGUGAAGGCUCUGGAGGAGGAGAUCCAGCUCCUGAAGCAAGAGCUGAUCAUGCAGGUCAACUUGACAAGUCAUUCCUUGAUGACUUACAACCCCCUGACUACAGCUCAGAGAGCAGAAAUCAGAUCCCAAGUCCAGAAAUACCUCAGAGGAGUCAUUGAGGAAAUCGAUAUUGUGAAUGUCAGGCAGAUCCAGGAGGUGUUUAGACAGUUCAAAGUGAUUUUAAGCCAACAGGAGGAAGAGCUGGAGAACAGGCUCUGGAACAAGUACGGGCUGGGAUACGUGGCUGGGGCUGGCCCUGAGUCCAUCUCCAGCUCUGAUCUGCGUCUGGAGGAGGCUGAGGAGGAGGAGGAGGAGGAGGAGGAGGAGGAGGAGAAGAGGAGGAGGAGGAGGGCACGGAAAGCACAGUUGACCAGGACCAGGACUCGGAGGCUGAUGCAGGCACUGUUGAGAUUGGAAUUCCUCCUGCAUCCCCCAUUUCUGAUGGGGAGAAGGAAGCUGAUGAGAAGGAAAGAAUUGGGAGCCCUCCUCCUGAGGCAGGUCAGGAUGAAUCCUCAUCAUCCAAAAGCCCCACCAAGGAUCUGGAAGAGGAAGAGGAAGAAGAAGAGCAAGAAGAAGAAGAACAGGAAGAGAAAGGAGGUGACCGGGACAGUGAUGAAGAGUCCUCAAUCCGAUCUUCAGAGGAUUUCCAGAACCUCAAGCCCCUUCUGUCCAAGCAACAGGCCUUUGAGGUGUUCAAGAAGGAGACUGGACGGGAGAUCCACAGGAUCUUCAGGGACAACAAGAGAAUCCUCAUUGCCAAGAAGAAGGGGAGCCAUUCUGUGGCACAGAGGAUCAACAGCCUCAAGGAGCAGAUGGAGGCAACCAAGGAGGCUCUGGAGGCUCAGAAGAAGAAGCGGAGGCAGGAGGGAGAAUACAUGGAUGAGAAAGGACAGGUGAUCAUUGAUGAGACGGAGUUCUCCCUGAUUGUGAAGCUGAAGGAGCUGAAGGAGGAGCACAGGGCUGGCUUUACUGAGCUGAAGGACCUGAAGGCAGAGAUCCAGUACUGCCAGCACCUCGUGGAUAAGUGCAG